GUUUUCGGUAUGUCGAACAGCUAGCAAAAGAGAGAUAGACGGGCAAAAAUGGCAUCCAAAACAGCCUUCAUGGCUGUGGUUUUGCUCGUCCUCGUGGCCGGCGAUCUCGCCGGUGGCCAUGUCGUGCCACCGCUCCGGCGCGGCACGCGGAGCCACGGCUGGAUGCAAGGCAUCAAGGGAGGGUUGCCCACUGGCACGCAGCCAUCAGACACCAUUUCUACUGCCUGCCAAGGCGCCAUUUCUUGGGUGGAUAAAGGUAGAGGACUCUGCGCCAUUGCGUUGAUAAUUUUCUGGUGGUACGAUAAAAAGGCUCGGAGAAAGAGAAGCAAGCAGAGUAAAGCAAACAGAACCGCCGCAUCAUCUUUGGCGAGGAAAGCAGCCGGGAGGAAGGCAAGUUCAUCGCGCCUGCACCGGGAUUCAAGCUCCCGCCCCUUCCCCCGAACGCUCCCUGAUAAGAGAUCACAUCACAGGGCGAGCAUGCAUGCAUGCCAUGGCAUCGACCAUCACUAGGUCUGUCAGCAAAGGUGCCGUAGUGUUCAACGAUGCUUUAUAUAUAUUGUUCAGCAUCGAUCUGCUAGUAUGAUGCCGUCUAUGUUCAGUAAUUGUAAGGCAGCAUCGGCUGUAAUGGAAUAAAACAGUGAACACUCUGCUUGA